AUGUCAGUUACGCUUCACACUAAUCUCGGCGACAUCAAGUGCGAAAUCGCUUGUGAUGAAGUACCUAAAGCAUCAGAGAAUUUUCUUGCAUUAUGUGCAAGUGGAUACUAUGAUGGCACCAUUUUUCACAGAAACAUAAAGGGGUUUAUGAUCCAAGGCGGAGAUCCCACAGGAACAGGCAAAGGAGGGACAAGUAUUUGGGGUAAAAAGUUCAAUGACGAGAUACGUGACUCUCUCAAGCACAAUGCAAGAGGUAUGCUAUCAAUGGCCAAUAGCGGGCCAAACACUAAUGGGAGCCAGUUUUUCAUCACUUACGCUAAGCAACCGCAUCUGAAUGGAUUGUAUACCAUUUUUGGCAAAGUGAUUCAUGGAUUUGAAGUUCUUGAUCUUAUGGAAAAGACUCCAACAGGAGCUGGGGAUCGACCUUUGGCAGAGAUUAGGAUCAACCGUAUCACAAUCCAUGCUAACCCUCUUGCUGGUACAUCAGGUGAUCGUGGCAAGGCAAAGGCGUGA